AUGAAAAAAGUCCAAACCAAUUACGCGUAUACGCCCAAGAACGAGGAGAAGGCCGUAAGAGCUGCAAUGAAAGAUGCGAAGAUCAGCUUCAAAAACACGCACCAGACAGUGACAAUUCUUAGAGGAAUGUGGCUAGUCUCUGCUAUAAAGUAUCUGGAGGACGUCCUGGCGCACAAGAGGUGCGUCCCCAUGAAGAGAUUCAACGGGGGAGUCCCAAGAGUCGCCCAGGCCAAGGAGUUUGGAGCCCUCCAGGGAAGAUGGCCCGAGAAAAGCGUCAUCCAGGCAAAGUGCCUGCUCAAGAACAUGCAAAAUAUAGCCGUUGAGAAGGGACUGGAUGUUUCCAAGGUAAAAAUCAUGCACGCCCAGGUGAACAGAGCACCGAUCAUCCACAACAGAACAUACAGAGCACACGGUAGAGUCACCGCCUGGAACAAGUCUCCCUGCCAUAUCGAGAUUGUAGCAGAAGAACAGCUGGGAGAAAUACCCGCAGAGAUGCCAGUUAAGACACUCGCUCAGAAGAGAGCCCAUAGGAAGUUCGUGGCUUUGGCUAUUAGCGGAAGAAUGAGGGGACUCCACAGAAAGCAGAUGCUUAGAGAGUAG